AUGAUAACUAUUUUUAGAAGCAUUAUAAACAAUCAAAUUGAAAAAGCUGAAGGAACCGAUUUAAAUCGGGAUGGAUAUAUUGGAGGAGAAGGUACUGAAAGUAAAAUCGAAAAUGCAACUCAUAUUGAUUUUAAUCGUGAUGGUAUAAUUGGUCGUACGCCAGAUACAUAUCCUGGCGGCAGUAAUCCUGGUAGUGGAGGAUAUUAA